AUGAGGUUAGUAAUUUUAGAAAAUUCUGAUCGUGUUGCAGAGUGGGCCGCUCGAUUCAUUAAAAAAAGAAUUCAUGAUUUUAAUCCUGGACCAGACAAAUAUUUCACUCUUGGAUUACCAACAGGUAGCACUCCUUUAGGUACUUAUAAAAAAUUAGUCGAAUACUAUCAAAGAAAUGAAUUGACGUUUAAAUAUGUAAAAACUUUCAACAUGGAUGAGUACGUCGGUCUUGCACGAGAUCAUCCAGAGAGUUACCAUUCUUUCAUGUGGAACAACUUGUUCAAGCUUGUUGAUAUCGAUCCAGAAAAUGUUCAUAUACUUGAUGGACAAGCAGCUGAUUUACAAAAAGAAUGUAGUGAUUUUGAAGAGAAAAUCAAGUUGGCUGGCGGUAUUGAGCUUUUUAUUGGAGGCAUUGGUCCAGAUGGGCAUAUAGCAUUCAACGAACCUGGUUCUAGUUUAGUAUCACGAACACGAGUUAAAACCUUGGCUGUAGACACAAUACAGGCUAAUGCCAAAUUUUUUGGCGGUGAUAUUGAUAAAGUUCCUACUCAGGCCCUCACUGUUGGCGUGGGAACAGUCAUGGAUGCCAAUGAGGUCAUGGUUUUAAUCACUGGAGCCCAUAAAUCUUUAGCAUUGUUCAAAGCAAUAGAAGAAGGAGUUAAUCACAUGUGGACAGUAUCAGCAUUUCAGCAACAUCCGCGAACGAUUUUUGUCUGUGACGAGGAUGCUACUCUGGAAUUGAAGGUGAAAACAGUGAAAUAUUUCAAAGGUCUCAUGGCUAUUCAUAAUAAAUUAGUGGAAGAGGAUGGUGACCCGCCUUUCUAA